AGCGGCCCUUCUUGUGAGGCGAUCCCGGGGGCCAGGCUCUGUAUCGGGCCCUUUGCCCUUUUUAACGGGUUCAUUCCCUACAGCAGCCCCUACCGUUCGCUGCCCAUUCUAUAGAUGGGGAAACAGAGGCAUAGAAAGGUUGGAGAAACAUGGCAGCAAGGCGAAUUGCACAGGAGAAUUUUGAUGCCGUAUUACAAGAAAAGGCUAACCGGUAUCAUAUGGACCCCAGUGGUGAGGCUGCAGGCGAAGCUCUGCAGUUUAAAGCUCAAGAUCUUCUAAGGACAGUCCCAAGAGUCAGAGCAGAUAUGUAUGAUGACAUUCACAGUGACAGCAGAUACACUCUGGGUGGAUCCGUAGGUCACUCUCGCGAUGCUGGGAGAGAAGGCCUGAGAGGUGAUGUGUUUCCAGGGCCUUCCUUCAGAUCAAGUAACCCUUCUGUAAGUGAAGACAACUACUUUCGUAAAGAAUGUGGUCGGGAUCUGGAAUUUUCCCACUCUGACUCCCGAGACCAGGUCUUUGGCCACCGGAAAUUGGGACAUUUCCGUUCUCCAGACUGGAAAUUUACACUUCGUGGCUCUUGGGAACAAGACUUUGGCCACCCAGUUCCUCAAGAAUCCUGGUCACAGGAAUUUAAUUUUGGUCCUUCUGCACUACUGGGAGACUUUGGCUCUUCCAGGCUGAUUGAGAAAGAUUGUUUGGAGAAAGAAAGUCGCGAUUAUGAUGUGGACCGUCCAGGAGAGGCAGACUCUGUGCUCAGGGGCAGUGGCCAAGUCCAGGGCAGAGGCCGAGUUUUAAACAUCGUUGACCAGGAGGGUGCACUCUUAGGAAAAGGGGAGACUCAGGGCCUGCUCACACCUAAAGGGGGAGUCGGGAAACUUGUCACGCUGAGAAGUGUGAGCACGAAAAAAGUACCCACUAUAAAUCGUAUUACUCCCAAAACUCAGGGCACUAACCAAAUUCAGAAAACCACCCCAAGCUCUGAUGUGACCCUAGGGACAAACCCAGGGACUGAAGAUAUCCAAUUCCCUACUCAGAAGAUCCCUCUAGGGCUCAAUCUGAAGGACUUUCGGCUCCCCAGAAGAAAGAUGAGCUUCGACCUCAUAGAUAAGUCUGAUGUUUUUUCAAGAUUUGGGAUAGAAAUAAUCAAAUGGGCAGGAUUCCAUACCAUAAAAGAUGAUGUUAAAUUUUCCCAGCUUUUCCAGACUCUCUUUGAACUUGAAACUGAAACCUGUGCUAAAAUGCUCGCCUCAUUCAAAUGCUCCUUAAAACCAGAGCACAGAGAUUUUUGCUUUUUUACUAUCAAAUUUUUAAAGCACUCUGCUUUGAAAACACCCAGAGUCGAUAAUGAGUUUUUAAACAUGCUUUUGGACAAAGGUGCUGUGAAGACCAAAAAUUGCUUUUUCGAAAUCAUAAAGCCCUUUGACAAGUACAUAAUGAGACUUCAAGACCGGCUUUUGAAGAGUGUCACACCCCUGCUCAUGGCCUGCAAUGCCUAUGAGCUGAGUGUCAAAAUGAAAACCCUCACUAACCCCCUGGACUUAGCUGUUGCCCUGGAGACCACCAAUUCUCUCUGCCGGAAGUCUUUGGCCCUUUUGGGACAGACGUUCUCCUUGGCCUCUUCUUUCCGGCAAGAGAAAAUUUUAGAAGCUGUCGGUCUCCAAGAUAUAGCUCCCUCUCCUGCUUCAUUUCCAAACUUCGAGGACUCCACUCUGUUUGGGAGAGAGUACAUAGAUCACCUGAAGGCCUGGCUGGUCAGCAGUGGCUAUCCACUCCAGGUCAAGAAAACCGAACCUGAGGCAACUCGAGAUGAAGAGAAAACAGUUCCUCCUAUCAAAGCCGAAACUCAGGCCAAGGCUCUGAGUGGUCUGAAUGAUGCUGUCCCCCAGCGAGCAGAUCACAAGGUGGUGGACACCAUUGACCAGCUGGUCACACGUGUCAUCGGAGGCAGCCUAUCUCCUAAAGAGAGAGCUCUUCUCAAGGAAGACCCUGCUUACUGGUUUUUGUCCGAUGAUAGUAGUCUAGAGUAUAAAUACUAUAAGCUGAAACUGGCAGAAGCGCAGCGGAUGAGUCAGACCUUGCCAGGAGCUGAUCAGAAGCCAUUGGCGGCAGAGUGUGCAGUCCGAGCCAUGCUGUAUGCCCGGGCAGUCCGGAGCCUCAAGAAGAGGCUGCUCCCAGGGCGGCGGCGCGGGCCCCUCCGAGCUCAGGGUCUCCAAGGCUGGAAGGUGAGGAGAGCAACCACUGGGACCCAGACCCUCCUAUCCUCGGGCACCAGGCUGAAACACCACACCCGGCAAGCUCCAGGCUCCUUACAGGGAAAGCCACCCCAACCAGAUGGAAGUGAUGCUGCCAAGGACUGCCCACAAGACCCAGGCGGACCUUCUCAGGACCUCAGCCCAGAAGCUGCAGGCCCAUCUCCCAAGCCAGCAGGAGUAGAUGAAUCUGAAGCCCCUCAGAGCUCCUCUCCCUGCCUAUCUUCUGAUGUUGACACAAAGACAAUGGAGACUGCAGAAAAACUGGCCAAAUUUGUUGCUCAGGUGGGACCAGAGAUUGAACAGUUCAGCAUAGAAAACAGCACCGACAACCCUGACCUGUGGUUUCUGCAUGACCAAAAUAGCUCAGCUUUCAAAUUCUAUCGAAAGAAAGUAUUUGAACUGUGCCCAUCAAUUUGUUUUACAUCAUCUUCACUGAACCUGCACGCCAGUGAAAGUGACCUAGAGCCUGUGGAAGGAGAAGGAGAGUUUGAGGAUGAGCCUCCUCAGGAGGCUGAGCUGGAGAGCCUAGAAGUGAUGCCUGAGGAGGAAGAGGAUGAGGAGGAUGAGGAGGAUGAGGAUGAAGAGGGGGUUGAGGAAGACCAUGCUCCCGGAGGGCCAUCCAUGCCAGCAGGAGGGGCUCCCAAAUCUGAAGGCUCCGAGGACAGCCCUCCCGCCGAUGGCCUCCCAAGUGAGGCAGCCGAAGAUAGCUCAGCUGGUGUGCCUACCCUGUCACAGGCCUCCUUGGGAGCCUGCUUCCCCCGGAAGAGGGUCAGCAGUAAGUCAUUGAAGGUUGGCAUGAUUCCGGCUCCCAAGAGGCUGUGUCUCAUCCAGGAGCCCAAAGUUCACGAACCAGUUCGCAUCGCCUAUGACAGGCCUCGGGGUCGUCCUGUGUCCAAAAAGAAGAAACCCAAGGACUUUGACUUCGCCCAGCAGAAGCUGACUGACAAAAACCUGGGGUUCCAGAUGCUGCAGAAGAUGGGCUGGAAGGAGGGCCACGGCCUGGGUUCCUGUGGGAAGGGCAUCAGGGAGCCUGUCGGCAUGGGAACGGCCUCAGAAGGGGAGGGAUUGGGCGCCGACGGGCAGGAACACAAGGAAGACACGUUCGACGUGUUCCGUCAGAGGAUGAUGCAGAUGUACAGACACAAACGGGCCAACAAAUAGGUAUGUGCUCAAGCUGACACAUCGGGCAUCCUGCCUAAGGCAUUCUGAUACGCAGUGACCGUUCCUCCAGAAAAGUCAGUAUUCCCCACACCCCAAAAACCAGACAUCAAAAUACCACCAAGAAACAUCAAAAAGUUCUGUGAGGGAAACAAAAAGAGUCUUUGGAUGUGAUGUGUCCCCACUCUCACCUUCCAGGUUUGGCUGAAGAAGCAAGUCCCUACACUCUCCAAGCACAGCUGCACGAGGCCUGCCUGCAGGGCCUCAGUGCAGAACUCCCAGGGAGCCACAGGAGUGGCCUUGCGUCUCAUAAGUGUAAGGGCAACCUGGAAACUGGCCUCAGAGUACGGCCGCUUCGUUUCCUUUUCUGAGGGUCUUCAAGUCCUUUUUCUUCUAAGGGGCCUUGGGCCUAUGAAUAUCCUCAUCUUUCUCUCUUUUUAGUUUCUCUCCCCACCCAAAAUUUCCAACUUGGUUUUGAACAAAAUCAUUCUCUCCUUGAAUAGAUGAAAACCAUUGGUGAUAAAGAUAAGCCUUGAAGCAGCAAUUACUCUAAAAAACGCCACCUCUGCCCUGGAUGCACCCUGGAGCCAGUGCCUGAGUCGGUUUGGUGUGUACACAAAAAACAAAUGUCUCUACAGUUUCUGGUGCGGAGGUUCUGCUGGCUUUUCUUAUUCUUAAAGGAAAAAGAAUGUACCAUUUCCAACCUGCUUUGGCCUUUCCUCCUCUUCCAAAUGCUUUGGGCAGCAAGUCCCCUCCAAGUCUUUCCUGGUUCCCUCUCAGAAGAUGGUGCUGCCUUGGCAGCCCCAGUGCCUUUAGUGCUCAAGAAACAGUACUGGUCAGUUUUCCCGUUCAUGGCACAUUGCUCUGCAGAAGUGCUCUGUUAGCAAACUUGAUGCUGAAUUCAUUACCUAUUGUGUCUUCUCAUUUCCAGAACUUAAAGGGGAUGUCAUCUGUGCUCUGGCACCACAGCCUGUCAGUGAGAGCACUGAAGCUCUUUGAACAAGUGGAAAUACUUGAUCCCCUGAACAUGUUAUUUAUGGCAGCGGUCCCCGACCUUUUUGGGACCAGGGACUGGUGCUCCUAUGAGAAUCUAAUGUCUGAUGAUCUGAGGUGGAGCUGAGGCGGUGAUGCUAGCGCUGGGGAGCGGCUGCAAAUACAGAUGAAGCUUCACUUGCCCACCUCUCACCUCCUGCUAUGUGGCCCAGUUCCUAACAGGCCACAGAACUGGUACUGGUCUGUGGCCUGGGAGUUAGGGACCCCUGAUUUAUGGAGUCUCAUCUCUUAAAUGCAUCCCAAGAGACUUAACAAAAUCUUAGCAACAGUACAACAUAGCUGUAUUCAGUGGGAGUAAUCACUACAUUGAUGAAACUUCCCCCAAAUUUACAUGUCUCUUUAGAAUCCAGAAAGAAAGCUACGGUUUGAUUUUUUUAAACCAUAUAUGGAGUCUUCUACGAAAGGGUAGGGGUAAACGCUUCAAGAUUCUUCAUUUUUUGCAUGUAUGGCAGUAGAAAUUGUUUUGUUAGGGCCCUUUUACAGAACAGAAAGAAUCUUCUUGGAGUGGGCUCCACAGCUGUUUGCUAUUUCGAGGCGUAUGAUUGCCACCCCUUCCAGCUUUUCCUAGAGCUUUGCAACUAUGUGCGAAAUUCUCAGGCUGUGGGAAUCUCAACUGUUCAUCUUAAAGCAGCAGUGUUGAAGUUUUAAAUAUGGGCUAAAACCUGCAGAACUUGGUCCUACUGAUACUACAGUAGUGAGUUACUGUGUCAGCUGCUUUUAUUGACUGUUAAGAAAUCCUUGCUUUCUCAGAGCACAGACCUCCCAGCAAUAGUCUCGGUUUCUCUGGUUCUGUCUUGUGUGUCUGUCCUGCCAUUCACUGUGGCAUCUCACCUGCCUGGUGCCACCUCUCUUCCCAUUGCUUAUAGCCCCCAAAUCUCUGCCUGCUUCUGGUCACUUCUGUUGCUUUGGCAACUGGCACAUCUUUAUGGCCAUGGCAACACUGGCAGCCCCUCAGCAGAGGCGAACCAGCCUGUCAGGGGUGCUGUGGGGAAACCACAGCUAUGGAGGUUCAUCUUCUGCUCCUUUCUUUUCUGAUCCUUCCAUCAGUCUUCCAUGUUGGCCGUGGGUUGGGUUACAGGAUGGAACUCUGAGAACAGGGCCUUGGUACCCCGUGGCCUUUCAGCAUGCUCGUUGGCCUGAUCGAGACCUGCACCCCUCAGCACUUUUUCUCUCUUGAGCAUAGCUUUGACUGUCAUAUUCACUCUGACCAUCAUAUUAGCUCUGUCCUAGUGUGUUCAUUCUUAGCUUUCUCUGCUUUUAUUCACAAGUAACAUGCUUUAGAAAUUCUCAGGGUGUGAGCCCUGUUCCUGCAGCCUCCUGCCACUCCUCCUGGGGACAUCCCACUUUGAGCUGACACUGUGAGCCUUUGGCAAACGUUAAAAGAAACACCUACUUCUUGAGCCUGAAAAGUCCUCUGAGCAUUCGGGUGACACUUCUCCUGUGGAGUCAACAUUGAGACAUUACGGGCACCAGGGCGGAACAUGGUGGUGUAUCCUCUGCCAGCUGCCAGCCGGGGACCAGUGCGUGCUGGCCCUCUGUGCCACCUUGCUGUCUCGGCAAAGGCUGCUCUGCAGGGAGCGUGCAAGUGCGUGUGCGGGUGUGUGGCCUUGUCAAAGUCACAGCGUCUUUUCUGUCA